GUUCGACCUGAGAGCUGCGAACCAGAGGGCAGGGCCUCAUCUGACCACGCCCACCCAAGUUGGGCGGAGUCUCUGAACAUGCUGCUGGACGACCAGGACGGAAUCUCACUGCUUCGGGAUUUCCUCUCUCAGGAAGGAUGUGCUGAUAUUAUUGACUUCUGGUUAGCCUGCAGUGGAUUUCAGUUAGCAUUCUGUGCUCCUCUGAGCUGGUCAUCUACAUCAAUGGACUUGAUGAACAAACGUAGGCUAAAACUUGCCAAAGCCAUCUACAGGAAGUACAUCAUCAGUGGGGGAACCGUGGCGAAGAAAAUCAAACCAGUGACAAAGAGUUUCAUCAACGAGCGAGUCUGUCGCUCUCAGCUGGACUCAGCACUGUUCCAACAGGCCAAGCAGGAAGUGCAGGAGGUCAUGGAGGUGGAAGUGUAUCCUGUCUUCCUCAAAUCCCACGUCUUCCUCAAGUACACACAAGAAAUCUGCAACGAAUGGGAAAAUCACCAAUGGGACAUAAACAGUCACAAACAGGAAACAGGAAAUGACAGAAAGGAACCAAUUAACUCUGAACAAGAAGCAAACAGCAAACAGGACAUUAACGGCCUUAUGCCGGAAACAGGAAUCGACAAACAGGAAGUAAACAGCAAAGUACAGGAACCAAAAAGUGGCAAAAAGGAAGUGCAGAGGUUCCUUCCUGAGCUAGUAGAGAAGAGAGAAUGGGCGGAGUCUGAGAUGGUGCCAGCCAAUCACAAGACAUCUGAGCACUGGGAGUCUGGGUACAAACUGAAGCCCAGAAUGAUCCUGGGGGGUGUGAAAGCUGAUGCCCACAAAACGUCCCUCUUACACAAACCUCAUAUACACUGUAUUCCGAAGGAUGUCCAUGCAGAGCCACAUAAGUUUGCUGCUGAUCUGAUCAGCCGUCUGGAGCUUGUUCAGAGGGAGAGAGAGAACUGGAGAAGAGUGAAGGAACAUCUACACCCAGUCAGUACGCAGGAACAUGAUGAUGCUGAGGUUUCCACCGCAUCCCCCUUAUGUCCUGCCCACCUUGUCCCUGCUCAUCAUGGCUCCUCCCACUCCACGGUUCAGUUGUUUGACACUCACACUGAGAAUCCUGAGAUCAUCCUGGAUCAGCAUGGUCAGUGUGGUCAGAGUGUGACAAGAACACCCAGCUUGAGAUCUCCUAUAACACACACACACACCUGCCCCAGUGACAGUGACACCUGGCUUUAUGGAGACAUGGCAGGAACCAAUCAGAGUAAAGUUCUGAGUUACAGCAGGAAGUGUGUGUGUAAGAGCGUGACAGUGGCGUAUUAUUUCUGCGGUGAGCCGAUUCCAUACCGGACGACUGUUAAAGGUGGAUUUGUCACACUGGCACACUUCAGAGAGCUGCUCACUAAGAAGGGAGCCUACAGGUUUUUCUUUAAGAGAGCGAGCGAUGAGUUUGACUGUGGUGUGGUUUAUGAGGAAGUGUGUGAAGAUGACGUCAUCUUGCCCCUGUUCGAGGGCAGAAUCAUCGGGAAGGUGGAAAGAGUCUACUGACCUGCUUAAUUUAACAACUGUCUUUGUUUUAAAUCUCUAUAUUUUCGAUAAUACAUUGUAAACUCGCAUCGUGUAUUUUAACGUCUCAGAGAGUUUGAAUUGUUGUACUAUAUUUUUGUACGUUUUUAUUUAAUAUAAGUAAUGAUGGUCCUGAUCUCUGAGCUUCCACCAGAUCUUCACUGAGCAUUCGGGUUAAUGUUAAUGAAUAAUGGUGUAAUAUAUCAUAUAUUUAGUGUCUUUUAGAAGUGAAUUCAAUCCUUAGUUUUAAGAUUUUUAUCUAAAAA